AUGGACGAGACAAGCCCGCUGGUAUCGCCAGAGCGGGCGCAGGCUCCCGAUUACGGGCUUCCGGGGGGUGCCGUGCGCACCCUCCCGCCUGCCGCCCCGCCGCCGCCGCCUUCUCCUCCCGGCUCCCCCGGCGGCCGCGACCGCGAGCGGCAGCCGCUGUUAGAGCGCGGGGCGCGGGGCCCGGCGGCGGCAGCAGCGCAGGCCCAGGCGCAGGCCCAGGCGGCGGCACAGGCCCAGGCCCAAGCAGCGGCGGCGGCGCAGCGAGAGCGUAAUGACUUCCCGGAGGACCCCGAGUUCGCCGAGGUGGUGCGGCGGGCCGAGCUGGCCAGCGAGCGCGGCAUCUUUCCCGAGCGCAUCUCUCAGGGCUCCAGCGGCAGCUACUUCGUCAAGGACCCGCAGGGGAAAAUCAUUGGUGUCUUCAAGCCCAAGAACGAGGAGCCUUACGGGCAGCUGAACCCCAAGUGGACCAAGUGGCUGCAGAAGUUGUGUUGCCCAUGCUGCUUUGGGAGGGACUGCCUUGUCCUCAACCAGGGUUACCUGUCAGAGGCAGGUGCCAGCCUGGUGGACCAGAAACUGGAACUCAACAUUGUUCCCCGCACAAAGGUGGUGUACCUGGCCAGCGAGACCUUUAACUACAGUGCCAUAGACAGGGUGAAGUCCCGAGGGAAGAGGUUGGCCCUGGAGAAGGUGCCGAAAGUUGGCCAGCGCUUCAACCGCAUUGGUCUGCCACCCAAGGUGGGCUCCUUCCAGCUCUUUGUGGAAGGCUACAAGGAUGCUGACUACUGGCUGCGGAGGUUUGAGGCUGAGCCGCUCCCAGAGAACACUAACCGGCAGCUGCUGCUGCAGUUUGAGAGGCUGGUGGUGCUGGACUACAUCAUCAGGAACACAGAUCGGGGCAAUGACAACUGGCUCAUCAAGUAUGACUGUCCCUUGGACAGCGCGGGUGUGCGGGACAGCGACUGGGUGGUGGUAAAGGAGCCCAUCAUCAAGCUGGCUGCUAUAGACAACGGUUUGGCCUUUCCUUUGAAACACCCGGAUUCCUGGAGAGCAUAUCCAUUCUACUGGGCAUGGCUGCCCCAGGCCAAAAUUCCCUUUUCACAGGAGAUCAAGGACCUGAUUCUUCCCAAGAUCUCAGACCCCAAUUUUGUCAAGGACUUGGAGGAAGAUCUGUAUGAGCUCUUCAAGAAAGACCCUGGCUUUGACAGGGGACAGUUUCACAAGCAGAUUGCUGUCAUGAGAGGACAGAUCCUGAACCUGACUCAGGCGCUGAAAGAUGGGAAGAGCCCCCUGCACCUGGUUCAGAUGCCGCCUGUGAUUGUGGAAACAGCACGUUCUCACCAGCGUACUGCUAGUGAGUCCUACACCCAGAGCUUCCAGAGCCGGAAGCCUUUCUUCACGUGGUGGUAGCUGUGAGAGCUGUGGG